AAAUAACAUUGGAACAAGUUUUAAUUUCAAUUCAAUGCAAUUUACUACAAAUAUUUUUUACAUUUUUUGCUUCCUAUUGUCUUAACAAAGGUGCAAGAUAUGGCAGACAAAUAGAAGAUGAAAUUAUCGCCAAAGUUCCACUGUGGAAGAGAGUAUUUGUCAAGAGACUACCUUACAUUCCGGCAAAAGUUAUCACGAAAAAAAAUAGAAAAUGGACGAUAAAUUAUUGGCUUGUAUUAGGAUGGUUCAUUUGUAUGACAAUUUGCAUAUUAUCGUGCAUAUACAUUGUGGCAUACGGUUUUAAAUUUGGAAAAAUUAAAUCUUUACAUUGGUUAAUGGCAGUAGUAUUUACGAUACCUCAGACCAUCAUAAUAUCUCCAAUAUUCAUAUUUUUAUUCAACGGUAUUGCAUUUCUUAUCAAUAAAGAUCAAAAAUAUUUAAUUGAUUUAUUGGAUACAUAUGAAGUUAAUUUAGACCAAUUUCGAGAAAAUUACAAAAAAAAUGUAAUAAACCAUAUUUCAGUGAUUGAACAUAUUAGGAGAGUGAGGAAACGAAUUUUUUACACUCCUCCAGAAAACAUAAUGCAGCUAAAGACAGGGGUUGGUACGGAUUAUAUAAUAGUAAAAUAAUGAAUGGAGGUAUAAGAAUACGUCAAAAUCGUAUUAAAGAAGAAAAUAACGAAUGGAUUAGUGAUACUAGUUCUUAUGAACAAGGAUGGAAUAAAAAAACAGACAAUAAAAAUGAAAAAUCAUCAUGGCAUCAUCAAUCUCGGGAUAAUCGUCUUAAUUUCCCAUCAAUGUUGUUUUUGGAUUUGGAACAGCCUGGUUACAUUCUAGAUUUGUUUAAUGGACAAUCUUCUUGGAUAUUAAGUGUACAAGAGCAUCUGGACACUAAUUGGCUUGACAAUAGAACUCAACGUUUAAUCAUUGAGUUUUAUUUAUAUACCCCUAACGUGGAUUGCAUAACUAUGUUUUCAAUUAUGUUCAAAACUACAACACAUUUGUUAUACACCCCAUCUAUAUUGGUUUUAACAGUGCCAUACAAUUCAGUGUUUGCUACAUGGUUGACUGAUCUUACAACUUUACUAUUUGUAGUAUUUUACAUGUGUUUGAUAUUUUGGUUGAUAAUUCCUAUUAUAAUCAAAUUUACUCAACAAGGACUUACAGAACUCGGACAGUUUCAAACUUUUUUUGAUUUGCUAAUUGUUAUUAUGAUGAUCAUAAUAGUGUUAGUAUUAGACGGACGUCGACGUUUGAUGUAUGUGGCCACACAAAAGUACAAUAAUGUAUCAGAAAUAGAAUUUGUUACCAAAAUGACUGAAAUUUGUCGGGUUCACAACUUUGUAAUCGGUUUAGUAACUGUUUCUUUAGUCAUGUCUAUACUUCGAAUUAUUUGGUUAGUACAAUACUUUGGGGGAAACUGGAAAUUUAUUGUGGAUACAUUACAUUUUUCUUCAACUCAAGUGAUAUGGGUUGUUAUGUGUUUGGCCUUAUUAGGCUUUGGCGCUUGGGUAUAUUCAGCGGAGGCGACUACUAUAGGCAGUGACGAAUUUUUCAACGCAUCUGUACUUGGUAGCAACGUCUUUGGCGGUCAUCCAUUUCUUACAGCAGUUGUAUCUUCAUUUAUUGUGAUGGCUUUCAAAUCCGCCGUAGUAUCUAUUGCUACUAAGUAUUACAUUAUUUCUAAUAUAUAUUCAAAAUAUAGACAAGUUUAACAAUUUCUUAGCUUCAUUAUAAAAAAAAGGUCAUUUUCAAAUUGUUUUUUAUAAUUAAAGUGAUUUAUUAUUGGAUAUAGUUUUUUUUAAUUAUUGAAUAAAUAAAGUUUACUUUCAUUACACUUAAGCAGAUUAAAUUAUUAUGUGUUAUAUAUAUUUGAUUAAAAAUUAAU